UUCACUGUCUUUCCAACAUAAGAGCGUAAACACAGAAAGUAUUCUGUAAGCUUCAGGAUGCAGAUAUGGGCUGUGCUGCCAGCAUUGUUCUGCUUCAAGCUUUUCGUUCUGUGGUACGAAGGAAUUGUGCACAUAUCUGCACAAGGCGCCAGGAGCAGUUGUCACUUGAAUUCUUGCCACUUGAUGACUGUGAUGGAAUGAGCAGACCGAAGACCAUCCUCAUUAUGCAAGACAAACCCAAACUUUUAGAUCCCUUGGAUUACGAGGCUGUCAUUUCUGAGCUGGAAACUGAACUGAAAGAUGACCCUUUGAAGGAUCUGGUCCUGUUCCCUGAAGAUGAUUAUUUGAUCUCUACAGUGUCCUGGGAUAGGCCGACAUUGUACUCAACAGUUCCUGAAGGGGCUGAAAUGCAGGCUGAGAGUCUGCUAGUUAAGGAGUCUUGUAAGUUCUACAAUUCACAGUGGCAUGUAGUCCAUUACAAAUAUGAACAAUACUCUGAAGACUACCGACAACUGCCAAGAAAGCAAUACAAGCCGGAUAAGCUGCCUUCACACUCCUUUGAAAUUGAUCAUGAAGAUGUCGAUAAAGAUGAGGACACAACAUCACUGUCAUCUUCUAAAGGAGGGACUGGGGGAGGAGGAUUUGGAGUGUUCAAGUCUGGUUGGCUUUAUAAAGGGAAUUUCAAUAGUAAUGUGAACAAUAGCAUCACUGUAAGGUCAUUCAAAAGAAGAUAUUUCCAGCUCACACAGCUUUCUGAUAAUUCAUAUAUUAUGAAUUUUUAUAAAGAUGAAAAAAUAUCAAAAGAGCCCAAAGGAUGUAUUUUUCUUGAUUCAUGUACUGGGGUAAUUCAGAAUCACAAGCUGAGGAAAUAUGCAUUUGAGUUAAAAAUGAAUGAUGUGACCUACUUUGUCCUGGCGUCAGAAAAUGAGCAGGAUAUGGAUGACUGGAUUUCCACCCUAAACCGAAUUUUGCAAAUCAGUCCUGAGGGGCCAACACAAGAACGCAAGAGCAUUGAUCUCACUGACAGCAAGACUGAUUCUCUUGACAUGACACCAAUUGAGCCCAACCUGGCUGAAGCAGAUGAAUCUUCAGAAAGUAACAUAAAUCCAGAAUUGGCUAAGUACAUUAAUGAAACUGAAGAUUCUGUUAAAACAGCAAGAAGGGAAGCCCGAUUGAAUUUGUUCUCCCUAGACCCCGACAUGCCUAUAUCCAAAGCACAGAAGUCUGAUUUUGCUAUAAAUGAAAGCACAACAAAACCUUUUGAAGAGAAAGUUGGAAAAAGAAUUUUGUUAUGCUGUAAAUCACUACAGAUGACACUUCAAGGCUGCGUGACAGAUGAUGAAACUGGUCCAGUUACCAAUAUUGAACCCUUUUUCAUCACCAUCACACUCUUUGAUAUUCGAGAGGGUCGUAAGGUGUCGGCAGAUUUUCAUGUUGACAUGAAUCACGAACUUGUGAGGCAGAUGAUUACAGGUUCAGCCUCAGUGAUGGAAAAUGGAGUAAGUCCACCAUCCGAGAAAAUCCCAGGAGACUGUCAGCUGCGUGGCAUUCCUGAAGAGUGGCUACAUUUCCCAAAACAGGCCAUUUUCUCAGUUACAAAUCCACAUUCAGAUAUAGUUUUGGUUGCCAGAAUAGAAAAAGUAUUGAUGGGAAGUAUUACAAGCGGAUCUGAGCCUUACAUCAAGAACACAGACUCAAGCAAGACUGUUCAGAAGAUUUUAAAAUCAAACAAGCAGUUCUGUGGCAAGCUUGGCAAAUACCACAUGCCUUUUGCCUGGUCUAUAAGACCGGUAUUCAAGGAUAAUCAGGGGACAGUGGACCGAGAUUCAAGAUUUUCGCCUUUGUUUAAACAAGACAGCAGCAAAAUUUCAACUGAAGACUUGCUGAAAUUGAUAUCAGAGUACAGAAGGGCAGAAAAAACUAGUAAACUGCAAACCAUCCCAGGUAACCUGGAGGUCACUGUGGACUGCGUCCCAAUGGAACAUCCAAACUGUGUGACAUCGGCCUAUAUACCUCUGAAGCCUUUUGAAGAAUUACAGAAACACCAGCCUAGCAUAGAAAUUGAAGAGUUUGUGCAAGAAUCCACCAAGUACUGCCAGCCUUACCGACUCUAUAAAAACCAAAUUUAUGUUUAUCCAAGGCACCUGAAAUAUGACAGUCAAAAGUUUUUUGCCAAGGCCAGAAAUAUAGCUGUGUAUACUGAGUUUCGCAGUUCAGAUGAAGAAGGUGCCCAACCCUUAAAGUGCAUAUAUGGUAGACCAGGAGGACCUGUUUUCACAAAUGCAGCCUGCACAACUGUUUUACAUCAUUCUCAGAACCCUGAUUUUUAUGAUGAGGUGAAAAUAGAGCUCCCCACUCAACUUCAUGAGAAGCAUCAUAUUUUAUUUUCCUUUUACCAUGUAACUUGUGACAUCAACGCCAAAACAAAUGCUAAAAAGAAAGAGACUCUGGAAACACCAGUUGGUUAUGCAUGGCUUCCGCUGCUGAAAGAUGGCAUUCUCCCUUCCCAAGAGCAUAACAUCUCAGUGGCAAACAGUUUACCUUCAGGGUACCUAAACGUCAAAGAUCCCACAACUGGAAAGCAAUGUGCAGCAGACAUUAAAUGGGUGGAUGGAGGAAAGCCAAUAUUCAGAGUGGCGGCACACUUGGUUUCUACAAUCUAUACUCAGGAUCGGCAUCUUAAUCGUUUCUUUCAGGAGUGUCAAAGAAGAGAAAUGGACCUUUCACAGCCCCCUACCUCAAAUUUCAUGAACUGUCUGAAGGGUCUGCUCAGUAUGGAGAGAAUCAAUGUCAUUGUCCGAUUUCUUCCCAUUCUUCUCAAUCAAUUGCUGAAGGUCCUUAUUCAGAGCAAUGAUGAUGAUGAAGUUAUUACAGCUACCACCAGAGUGCUUAUUCAUAUUGUUGCCAAGUGUUCUGAAGAACAUCUGGAUCAUUACCUCAAAUCUUAUGUAAAGUUUGUGUUCAUGACAGAAAGCUAUGAAGAAAAAACAUUACAUGAAGAGCUUGUCAAAGGAAUGUAUUCCAUCUUAAAAACCAACGAACAAGCAGCAAUUAAAAAUAUACUUAAGUAUUCCCGCUUUUUCUUUGAGCUCAUUACUAAAUCAAUGGCACAGUAUCUGAAGUUUACAAAUAGAAUACAGCUCCCACGAACCGAACGCUUGUCUCAGUCUUAUUAUAUACCUUUGGAAUCACUUGUGAUGUCCAUGUCAGACCACAUUUACUGGAAAAACAAAGAACUACCUGAAGAGACAAGGAAUGCAAAUCUUGCUGUUGCGAUGUUUGUGAAGCGUUGUUUCACCUUUAUGGACAGAGGAUUCACAUUUAAGCUAAUCAGCAAUUAUGUCAACAUGAUUGCUACAGGAGAUAAGGCAAUGUGCAAGUUCAAGUUUGAAUUUCUUCAGGAAGUAUGCAACUAUGAGCACUAUAUCAAUCUGAGCCUCCCAAUACCUUCAGCAAAGAUUACAGAUAAGGCUACUUCCUCCGACAACUCUGACAACUCUCAUGAUUUCCCAGAAUACAGUCUGACUAAUGAAUAUUGUCGUAAGCAUUUUCUGACUGGACUGUUGCUUCGAGAAGUUGGCUUUGCUCUUCAGGAAGACCAGGAUAUUAGACAUUUGGCUCUCACUAUUCUGAAAAACCUUAUGGCAAAACAUUCUCUAGAUGAAAGAUAUGCCGAAAAGAAGAGACAGGAAAGAAUAGCAUCUUUGUAUCUACCUCUGUACGGUAUGAUCCUUGAUAAUAUGCCCCGUUUUUUUAUGAGAGAUAUCUUUCCAUUUAACUUCACAUCUUCUGAUCAGGGCUCGAGGGAUGAUUUAAGUGUGACAGGAGGAUUACAGAGUCACAUGGCUUCAGCUCUGAAACAUGCAAACUCCGUGGAUACUUCCUUCUCCAAGGAGGUCCUCAAUUCCAUCACAGCUUUUUCAUCACUGGCAGUAUCCACAGCGAAUCAUGCUGACUCUAGAGCCUCUUUAAUAAGCAUUGAAUCAAACCCAAGCAAUAGUGACAAGAACAGUGAGAAGACAGAUACUUGCGAGAAGUUUGCAAGGCCUUUGUCCUUGAUCGGAUCAGCUUUACGAUUUGAUAAAUUGGACCAUGCAGAAACCAGGAGUCUCCUCAUGUGUUUUCUUCAUAUUAUGAAAACUAUCUCUGAAGAUGUGAUGGUAUCUUACUGGCAAAGAGCAGUUCAUCAAGAGAUUUCAGAUUUUUUCAACAUUUUAGAAUUAUGCCUUCAGCAUUUCAAAUUUUUGGGAAAGAAACACAUUGCAAGGAAGCUAGCUGCAGCAGUAAAACUGGCUCAGGCCUCGCAGAACAAUGGCACACUCAAAGGCUCUAGUACAUCCACCCAAGCAUCCAGUAUUAUAUCACAAUGGAUGCACUCCACCCAAGAGGGUCACAGGCAUAGCCGCUCCCAGACCAUGCCAAUUAUACGUGGAAAAAAUGCACUUUCAAAUCCUAAACUUUUACAAAUGAUGGAAAGUUCCAAUAACGCAUCCAACAGUAAUGUAUCUGAAACUGACAGUGUGAAUCCUACUGCUAUCGAAGCUAAUGUUUCAACCGAGGUCUGUCUUAUUGUUCUUGAUAUUCUAAAUCUCUUUACACACCACCAUCGGAAGCAGUUACAGCAAGAUGACGGCCAGAACUCACUAAUGAGGAAAGUGUUUGAUACAUAUCUUCUCUUUCUGCAAAUUAAUCAGUCUACAGCCGCACUGAAGCAUGUCUUUGCAGCUCUGAGACUCUUUAUUCAAAAGUUUCCUUCAGCAUUCUUUCAAGGGAAAGCAGAUCUUUGUGGAUCCUUAUGUUAUGAAAUUCUGAAAUGCUGCAAUCAUCGAUCUAGCUCCACUCAAACUGAAGCCUCAGCCAUGUUGUAUUUCUUCAUGAGGAAAAAUUUUGAAUUUGCCAAAAGGAAAUCUAUUGUCAGAUCCCACUUGCAGGUUAUCAAAGCAGUAAGCCAACUCAUAGCAGAUGCAGGAAUUGGUGGUUCUCGGUUCCAGCAGUCUCUUGCCAUAAUUAAUAACUUUGCCAAUGGAGAUAUACACCUAAGGAACACCUCAUUUCCAGCAGAGGUGAAGGAUCUGACCAAAAGGAUAAGAACUGUGUUGAUGGCCACAUCACAAAUGAAAGAACAUGAGAAGGACCCAGAAAUGCUUGCAGAUCUACAGUACAGUUUAGCUAAUUCAUAUGCCAGUACUCCUGAACUACGCCGAACUUGGCUAGAGAGCAUGGCUAAGGUCCAUGUGAGAAAUGGAGAUCUGUCAGAGGCUGCAAUGUGCUACAUUCAUAUUGCUGCACUCAUUGCAGAAUACUUGAAAAGAAAAGGUUACUGGAAAGCUGAAAAGGUGCGGAACUCAAGCGCGCUUACUGAGGAUGUGAAUGCUAUUAAUUGUAACCACUUACUAACAGCACAAGAUGGAGAUUCUUUGUUUGCAGUUGGCUGGGCAGCAUUUGUGUGCAUAACACCAAAUGUUAAGGAAGAAGGUGCAAUGAAGGAAGAUACGGGCAUACAGGACACAGCAUACACAGAGGACACCCUUGUGGAGCAGCUUGAGUUAUGUGUGGACUAUUUGUGGAAAUCAGAAAGGCAUGAACUCAUAGCGGCAGUCAAUAAGCUUGUCAUCUCCGUCUUUGAGAAGAGGAGAGACUUCAAGCGACUCUCAGAACUGUACUAUGAUAUCCACCGGUCAUACCUCAAAGUCACAGAAGUUGUUAAUUCAGAAAAACGGCUUUUUGGAAGAUAUUACCGUGUUGCCUUCUACGGACAGGGAUUCUUUGAGGAAGAGGAAAGUAAAGAAUUCAUCUAUAAAGAACCAAAGCUGACUGGUCUCUCCGAAAUAUCCCAGAGACUGUUAAAGUUGUAUUCAGAUAAAUUUGGAUUUGAAAAUGUGAAAAUGAUCCAAGAUUCCAACAAGGUGAAUCCCAAGGAUCUGGAUCCCAAAUACGCCUACAUACAAGUUACCUAUGUGACUCCAUUUUUUGAAGAAAAGGAGCUACAAGAAAAGAAGACAGACUUUGAAAGGCAUCACAAUAUAAGGCGCUUUGUGUUUGAAACUCCAUUCACACUUUCUGGAAAAAAACACGGAGAUGUGGAGGAGCAGUGCAAAAGGAGAACUAUUCUGACCACAAGUUCUUCAUUCCCAUAUGUAAAAAAACGAAUACAAGUUGUAGAUCAACAAAGCACGGAGCUCAACCCCAUAGAAGUGGCCAUUGAUGAGAUGUCCAGGAAGGUGUCUGAACUUAAUCAGCUAUGCAGCAUGGCAGAAGUGGACAUGAUCAGGCUCCAGCUUAAGCUACAGGGAAGUGUCAGUGCCAAGGUAAAUGCAGGACCGAUGGCAUAUGCAAGGGCGUUCCUAGAAGAGAAGAAUGCGAAAAAGUACCCAGACAACCAAGUGAAACUUCUGAAAGAAAUUUUCAGACAAUUUGCAGAAUCAUGCGGGCAUGCUUUGGAAGUGAAUGAGCGUCUGAUUAAAGAGGAUCAGGUGGAGUACCAGGAGGAAAUGAAGACGCACUAUAAGGACCUGCUGAAUGAGCUCUCAACUGUUAUGAAUGAAAAGAUUUCCUACAGGGAGGACACAACAAAGCAGCCAGGAAUGGAACGGCAUCACGUCUUCCAUGCAAUCAGUAAAGCAUCUGCCUCAGGGCCGCCAGGCACCGGUGAAAAUCCUCAAAGCUGAAUAAUAAUGAAGGCAACAAAGAAGCAGAGUGCUCACCUACCGCAGUAUUAGUCAAUGAAGUACAAAAAAAAAAGAAAUGAGAAGCAGUCUGUGACAUUGUUCUCCAGACAACGGGGACGUCACCAGGUUAGAACUGGCAGGGCAUCAUGCAAUGGGUUGUAAAAUAUUACUGUUAGAGUGUGUGAGUGACGUCCGUAUGGCCGUGUGGUUUUAACGCCUCACUAGUGUCUGCACUUUCCAAUCCAAUUAUCCGUCCACAAAGUCGUACCCUCAGUGGUCUUAGCCGUACUCGGCGUGUUUGAAGAAUCUUAAUGUCAAAACAUUUUAUAAUGCAUUUGACUGCUUUUACUUAGUAUUUUAUGUGUAAAUAAGAAUUAAUAUUUAAGAAGAAAACCUUUUUCUUUAUUUUCUUUUAUAUAUAUAUAUAUAUAUAUGAAAAUGUUUUGUUGCAAUAAAUUAAAGAAAAUGAAUGGUACUAAAGUUUUAUGUAUAACAAUGAAAUAAAUUUUGUUAAAAGGUA